AUGGCGAAGACCCUCGGCACGCGGAAGGAGGCUGUUACGCUUCCUCCGCUGAGACCUCCCAAGCCGACCCUCAAGUCGAGCUUCAGAAAGGGCCCUCAGCAUUUCGCCAACAAUAUGUGCUGGCAUCAAUACGGACACAACAUGGGAAUUCUGCUCAAGCAUCUUACUUGCAACAUGUUUACACUUAUUGCAUGUUUUUGGUUCGUCGAGGGGGGUAAGGUUUGCCUUCCUCCCGAGAAUCAGAUAGAACUCUUCGAGGAAGGAGACGCCUUGAACCUUUCCCCGUCCUUCCUUCCUGAUUUACACUGUCAGAGGCCUGCCUCAUUCCCAUCCACCUCUCACAUAAAACCCGGCUCUUCCACCCUCUCACUCUACCCUUCUCACUUCCUCACCCUCACACUUCUUUUCACACUCACACUUGUUAUCAUCGAACCUCAGCUACACAGCGAAGCUGCAAAGACUUCAUCGUCUAUCACCGUUUUCACUACAAGUGAGCAAUACACCUUCACAACCCAAAUCUUUUACCUGUCUCACUCGAUCUCCUUCCGUUAUCAUCACCACCCUCUCGCACCUUCUUCCACCUCUCACCACCAUUUUCACUUCCGUCGUUACCUUCGCAUCUUUCAUCUCUUCAGAGAAGAAUACCAUCGUUCCAACAUGGCUGACACCAAGUCCAUCAACGGUAGCGAGGCGGCUCCUGCCGCUGGUCGCGUCGGUGCUUGGACCGAUGCUGAGCGCUUCCAGCUUGUCCUCCGCGUGCUCGCGACCGUGCUUCCUGACGGCAAAGGAGUUGACUGGAAGAAUGUCAACAUGGAGGGCCGCACUCUGAAGGCCUUGCAGGGCCAGUGGACUGCUAUCAUUGCUCAGAUGCGUGAGAUCAACACCGGCGAGAACGGAGAGGCCGCUGCCCCGAAGCAGAAGACCCCCCGCAAGACUGCCGUCAAGAAGAAGGCUGUCGCUGCUUCCGAGGAUAGCGAGGAGGCCAACGGCGACCAGGAGCGCAGCGAGGAGACCAAGCCGGUUACUCCGAAGAAGCGCGCUGCGGCGACUAACGCUGAUGGCACUCCCAAGAAGAGACGCACCCCGGGCAAGAAGGCGGCCCAGGUCAAGGCCGAGGCUGAAGAGGCUCAGGAGAAUGAGGAUGAGGCCAAGGUCGAAGGAUCUGAGACUCAGGUCGAGACCAAGGAUGAGAAGGAUGGCGAGCACCGUCUCACUCUACAUGGCUGCGGGGGACAGAACGUGCGACUCAUUGCUCUUGCGUUCACAUACGUCCCUGGGGUAGCUCAGGUCAUCAGAAAUCAAAAGGGAUACUCUUCACUCUCAUAUCUUGAUUCUCUUGCUGUGCCCAUCUCCGGAAACCAAGAGAGAAAGGACAGCUUGGAGUCAGAUGUGGCUGGAAGCCGGUGGCGACAAAUGAUUGUCCGCAUUGGAAGACAAUAUCAAGCGACUUGGUGGGCGGUGAUGAAGCCCCGAAACCGCGCCCGACAAUCGAUAAACCGGCUCUCCAACGAAUCAGGUCGCCGAACAUGGACUCCCAUUCAAGCCUGGAGUUCGGUCGUUGGUGGUGUGCUGCGUGAGAGCAUGAUCCAUUCCGUCCCAUCUCGGCCUGCGGGCCAGGCACCACACUCAUUGACGUCUGCCGUCAAGAGUGUUAAAGUGAACUUUGCCAGACCUGGUGAUCUCACCUGGGUGACCCCCAUAUCGGACAGAUCCUGUUUGUUUGCCAUCGUCCCGCACCUGAAAUUUUCGACGACAAACGACGUUGGCAAGAGCCGGGACAGCCAAUUGCCCGCCGUUCAUUUGACAAAGGCAUUGUUCAUUUUCGUAUCCACAGCUGAAGGUUGCCAUCCUUUUCUUCCACCUUCUCUAGACUCUCGCUGGAUGCGCUCCGUCUUUACUGGAGGCAGAGGGACUUGCUUGAGCCUUGCAUCCACCCCGGCAGUACUAGCACGACGACCUUGGACAGCAUCCACCACCACCGUCACCACCACCGCCACCACAACCUUCACCCUUACCUCCCCCCAGCUUUUUCGACGCCAACUCGAGCUCCUCCCGUUCGCACAACGCGGCUACUCCCGUAUAGCUCGAGCCAGUUCAUCUAGAGACACCGGCUAUAAGACAACGCGACGAACCAUCGGCGCUCAGACUCGUCGCCCCUUCUCAGCCGCAGUCGAACCUGAUCCCUUGUCGGCGCAGCAGCAAAGCGAACUACCCUCUACCCAGACCACCACGAUCGAGACCGCAAACAUGAACGGCAACAGCGCAUCGCCGCGCUCCAAGCGCAAGGCCCCUACGAGCCCCGAGGGCUUGCGACCCCAUAAGCAGCAUCGCGCCCUGAACGGCAAGCUGUCUGCCGGCGACAACACACCCGAGGUUGAGCGCGUUGAGGAGCUUGAGGAGGAGAGCGAGUUCGAGGAUGCCGCGCGGCUGAAUGGCAUGUUUCCCAUGACGCAGGAGCCGGAGGCGUGGCAAAAGACCAUUGAGAACGUUGUCAGCAACGUUGUCUCUAUUCGCUUCUGCCAGACAUGCUCCUUUGACACGGAUGCGGCGUUAACGAGUGAGGCCACUGGCUUCGUGGUGGACGCUCAGAAGGGAUACAUCUUGACGAACCGACACGUCGUUGGAUCCGGACCGUUCUGGGGUUACGUCGUCUUCGACAACCACGAAGAGGUUGAUGCGUACCCCGUCUACCGCGACCCCGUUCACGAUUUCGGUAUUCUUCGAUUCGAUCCCAAGGCUGUCAAGUACAUGAAGCUGAACGCGCUGGUGCUGCGUCCGGACCUUGCGAAGGUUGGUGUUGAGAUCAGAGUGGUGGGUAACGAUGCCGGAGAGAAGCUCAGUAUCUUGUCUGGCUUCAUCAGUCGUCUGGAUCGAAAUGCGCCGGAAUACGGAGAGGGAUACAGUGACUUCAACACCUGCUACUACCAAGCCAAUGCUGCCGCCAGUGGUGGUAGUUCUGGCAGUCCGGUUGUGAACGUGGAUGGCUUUGCCGUGGCUCUGCAAGCUGGUGGACGAUCCGAUGGUGCUUCGACAGACUACUUCCUGCCACUGGACCGACCGUUACGAGCUUUGGAAUGCAUCCGCCAGGGCAAGCCCGUCACAAGAGGUGACAUUCAAUGUCAAUUCCUCCUGAAGCCUUUCGACGAAUGUAGACGCCUCGGCCUUACCCCGGAAACGGAGGCUGCGACUCGCCAGCACUUCCCCAAGGACAACAACAUGCUUGUUGCCGAAAUCGUCCUUCCCAAGGGACAGUCUGACCAGAAGAUUGAGGAAGGCGACAUCCUGGUGAAGGUGAAUGGCGAGCGUGUCGGUCAGUUCAUCCGUCUGGAUGAUUUGCUGGACUCGAACGUUGGCCAGACCAUCCAUCUUCAAAUCCAAAGAGGUGGCGAGGACAUUGAGGUCGAUGUCGAGGUCGGUGACCUACAUAAGAUCACCCCUGACCGCUUCGUGUCCGUCGCAGGCGCUAGCUUCCACAGCCUGUCAUACCAGCAGGCCCGUCUGUACGGCGUAGCGUGUCAAGGUGUCUUCGUUUGCGAGGCGACUGGCUCUUUCAGAUUCGACAACGCAGACAAUGGCUGGCUGAUUCAGACCGUGGACCACAAGAAGACCCCUGAUCUGGAAACCUUCAUCGAGGUGAUGAAGACAAUCCCAGACAAGUCCCGCGUGGUCGUAACUUACAAGCACCUGCGUGACCUGCACACUCUGAACACCACAAUCAUCUACGUCGAUCGUCACUGGUCAGCAAAGAUGAAGAUGGCUGUCCGGAACGACGAGACUGGCCUCUGGGACUUCACUGACCUGGCUGAUCCCCUUCCUCCCAAGGCGCCUGUUGCUCGCUCCGCCUCUUUCAUUCAACUCGAGAAUGUGAAGCACACGGCCAUUGCCGAUCUAGUGCGUAGCUUCGUCCACGUCAACUGCACCAUGCCUGUUAAGCUGGACGGCUUCCCUAAGAACAGGAAGUGGGGCAUGGGCCUGGUGAUUGACGCCGACAAGGGUCUUGUUGUCAUCUCAAGAGCAAUUGUGCCUUACGAUCUGUGCGAUGUGACGAUCACCAUUGCGGACUCGAUCAUUGUCGAGGGCAAGGUCGUUUUCCUCCAUCCCCUUCAGAACUAUGCCAUUGUGCAGUAUGACCCGGCGCUGGUCAAUGCUCCCGUUCAAAGUGCGAGGUUGAGCACGGACAACAUCACUCAAGGAGCUUCCACCAACUUCAUGGGAUACAACAGGAUUGGAAAGAUUGUCCACGCCUCCACUACAGUUACCGAGGUCACCGCUGUGGCGAUCCCGGCCAACUCUGGUGCACCCAGAUACCGUGCCAUCAACGUCGAUGCCAUCACUGUUGAUACGAGUCUCAGCAACCAGUGCGGAAGCGGUGUUCUCGUCGCCGACGAUGGUACGGUCCAGGCCUUGUGGCUCACUUACUUGGGCGAGCGUUCUCCUUGCAGCAACCGUGAUGAGGAGUACCACCUUGGUCUCGCUACGCCUACUCUGCUGCCUGUCGUGUCUCAAAUUCAACAAGGCAUCGUUCCCAAGCUGCGCAUGCUAUCCGUCGAGUUCAGAGCCAUCGCCAUGGCUCAGGCUAGAGUGAUGGGCGUCUCUGACGAGUGGAUCAGCAAGGUCACCGAAGCAAACAAGACACACCACCAGCUGUUCAUGGUCAGCAAACGGACCUUUGAGCGCAGCGAGCAGUCAAGCGCUCUGCUUGAGGGUGACAUCCUGCUCACUCUCAACGGCAAGGUCAUUACCAAGGUUUCCGAGCUGGACAUCAUGUACUCUCACGAGGUCCUCGACGCCGUCAUCGUCCGCAACUGCGAGGAGAUCCACAUCAAGGCCCACACCGUCGCCGCCGACGAUGUCGAGACCGACCAUGCCAUCUCCUUCUGUGGUGCCAUCUUGCACCGACCUCAUCAUGCCGUCAGACAGCAGAUUAGCAAGCUGCACAGCGAGGUGUACGUGUCGGCCCGCACUCGCGGUUCGCCUUCUUACCAGUACGGCCUCGCGCCCACCAACUUCAUCACCCACGUGAACGGAAAGGCGACACCCGAUCUGGAGACCUUCCUCGCUUCCGUCCAGAAGAUCCCAGACAACACCUACUUCCGACUUAAGGCUGUCACCUUUGACAGUGUACCUUGGGUCAUCACCAUGAAGAAGAACGAGCACUACUUCCCGACAACGGAGUGGACCAAGGACCCGUCGGAGUCCUGCGGCUGGAGACGAAAGACGUACGAGGGCGGCAAAACAUACGAUGGCGAGGGUCCCGACGGCGUGCUUGACUCUGUGCUCGCCGUCACCGAGGACGCUGAGAUGGUCGAUGAGCCCCCUGCCCCCUUAACGAUCGUCGUAAUAGACGACGACGGCAUUGUAUCCCACUCGGACUCGACACACGAGAUCCGGGACAGGACACGGGCAAAGGGGCUGAGGGAUUCAAGGGCAUGGGCUAGGGCGAAACGCGAACGCGCACGGCCUCUGUUUAUUGUCAUUGUUUGCCUCGUCUUCUGGGAAACAUCAGGGUGUUUUCAUAACCUCGUAGCAUUAUCAAACUCUUCUCGGUCUAGUCGGCAAACUGUCUUCUGGCUAUCCCUGGUAUUUGUCGUGACCGCCAUCUGCUCAAGCCGAACUCAAAAAGAUGUUUAG